CAGCCGCCAUUUUGGCUCGCCUUGUGGCAUGAGCUUAAGUGGCGGCGUGGCUCCGUGAUCUGAGCCACAAUGGAGCAGUUUCAUCCGUGAGAAGUGUCGAAACCAACCGGAAACACCAAACGUCACUUCUGUCACGUGAACGUUGUUUACUUCCGGCCGGAUCUCCGCAGCACGUGCCAGGAGGAGGCAAUGGCCGCCUUCAGUCCAGACCAGGCCAGGAGGAUUGUGGGUAGCCUGCAGCAGCCCGCGGUCUUCUUGAACAUGACGCAGGGCUGGCCGGUCCUCCACUGGACCGCCGAGAACCUGGGCCAACAUCUCGGGGACCGGACCAUCCGCUUCCGGCUGGGGAGGAAGGCGGAGACUAAGGUUCCGCUCUUUGAAACUCAGUGUUCCUACCUGGACGCAAAGAUGGAUCAUUUUCUGGCCUGGGUCAAAGGUCAGGCCCAGGAGGACGUGGGUCCUUUCUGCGACUUCCCCUCGUCAGAGUACUGGGCCUACGCCGACUACAAGUACAUCGCCAUGUUGUUUGCCGACCAGCCGUCCAUGUUUGAGGAAGUGAAGUGGGAGGUCUUUGGCUUGGAGGGACGCAACGGGAAGGACAGCACCUUGUGGGUGGGCUCCAAGGGUGCCAACACGCCGUGCCACCUGGACUCAUACGGCUGUAACCUGGUCCUGCAGGUCCAAGGACGGAAGUGCUGGCACCUGUUCCCACCUGAGGACACGUCCACACUCUACCCCACCAGGGUCCCCUACGAGGAGUCCAGUGUCUUCAGCCGUGUGGACGUGGUCCAUCCUGACCUGACCAGGUUCCCUGCCUUCACCAGGGCCAGAGUCCAUACCGUCACCCUGGAGCCUGGACAGGUCCUGGUGGUGCCCAGACACUGGUGGCACUACGUGGAGUCUCUGGAUGAUGUCACCGUCAGCGUCAACUCCUGGAUGGAACUGGAGGACGACGACGUGGCGCGGCUCGGAGAGGCGGUGACCAGGACGGUGGUGUGCGCCCUGAAGAGAGACCACCACGCCGGCGACUGGCUCAACCCCACGGAGGAGGCGGUGCCAUCCCAUAAUGACAACAUGCACUACGUCAACAUGGCGCUGCAGGCCUGUGCCGCGUCACGGCGGACCGACCCUGCGGCCGGCGACAAGAGGGACUCGGACGGAUGCGUCAGGCGGCGGGCCGGCGAGGCGGUGCCCUUUGGCCCGUGUCUACUUCCUGUUGGCCCACAGCCCCGCCCACACGGCGACGCCCCUCCUGGUGCGCCGGGUGAGGGCCCGGGUGAGACCGUGACCACGGACCGCCUGCUGGACUGUCUGCUGCACCCUGACGUCAUCGCCAUGGUUACGCAGCUGCUGCUCCACAGACGAUAGACUUACCUGCUCACCAGGUGCUUUAUGCCACACUUCCUGGCAGGAAGUACAACCCUUUGGUAAUAAAACAUCACAACUAAUAUU